AAAAGUCAGGUGAAGAGUGGAGCUUUGCACCCUGUGAUGCUGCUUAAUUCACCCUGCUUCCUUUAGAGGACUGCCUCUGUGGGUCCCCUGAGGCAGCUCCACCUUCUCCAGGGAGCGUGGCAGCUGCCGGUGGAGGGUGGCUGAGUCCAGCCAACGCUCAGGAGGCUUCUCUGAGCUGGAGGCCCGUUUGGAAGCUGUGAGCAGCAAAUUUCUAGCCCAGACUUUUCCUGCUCUUGCUCACGGCUGCUCACAGAUAUGCAAAGCAGAGACCUCCCACCCAGCAGUUGCUGAUAGGACCUGGCUAGCUGCACUUACACUGACUCAGCUCAGCCUCCCAGUAGCUGGAGUGCACCGCCUGUGUGGCAUCUACAAGAUCAGCCAUGGAGACUCCAUCGCCAGUCUCAGAGAUGCCGCGCCAGUUCCCCAAGCUGAACAUCUCUGAGGUGGAUGAGCAAGUCCGGCUCCUGGCCGAGAAGGUGUUUGCUAAAGUGCGCCGAGAAGAAGACAGUAAAGAUGCCCUGUCCCUCUUCACUGUCCCUGAGGACUGCCCCAUUGGGCAGAAGGAGGCCAAGGAGAGGGAGUUGCAGAAGGAGCUGGCGGAGCAGAAGUCGGUGGAGACGGUGAAAAGAAAGAAAAGUUUCAAGAUGAUUCGGUCCCAGUCCCUGUCUCUGCAAAUACCGACGCAGCAAGAUUGGAAGGGCCCCCCGACAGCCAGUCCAGCCAUGUCACCCAAAACCCCUGUGCUCCCUGGAGCCACUUCCCAGCCCAUGCCAGAGCCCUAUGGCUUGCCCGAGUUCCAGCGGGUCACCAUCAGUGGAGAUUACUGUGCUGGGAUCACUGUGGAGGACUAUGAGCAGGCUGCCAAGGGCUUGGCCAAGGCCCUGAUAAUCCGGGAGAAGUAUGCCCGACUUGCCUAUCACCGUUUCCCGCAGACCACAUCCCAGUACCUGGGUCAUCGGUGGGCAGACACUCCAUGUCUGGAAGAGAAUCUCCCAGACUUCCAGCCCCCGCCACGGCCCCAGGAAGACCCUUACUGCCUAGAUGAUGCUCCUGCAAACCUGGGUUACCUGAUCCGCAUGCAAGGGGGCAUCCUCACCGUGUAUGAUAGCAAGAAGAUGCUGGAGCACCAGGAACCCCACAGCCUGCCCUACCCUGACCUGGAGACCUACACGGUGGACAUGAGCCACAUCCUGGCUCUCAUCACUGAUGGCCCCACAAAAACAUAUUGUCACCGGCGACUGAACUUUCUGGAAUCCAAGUUCAGCCUUCACGAGAUGUUAAAUGAAAUGUCCGAGUUCACAGAGUUGAAGAGUAACCCCCACCGAGACUUCUAUAAUGUGAGAAAGGUAGACACGCACAUCCACGCAGCUGCCUGCAUGAACCAGAAGCACUUGCUGCGCUUCAUCAAGCACACAUACCAGACAGAACCUGACAGGACUGUGGCCGAGAAGCGUGGCCAGAAGAUCACCCUGCGGCAGGUGUUCGACAGCCUGCACAUGGAUCCAUAUGACCUCACUGUGGAUUCCCUGGACGUCCAUGCGGGCCGGCAGACAUUUCAUCGCUUUGACAAGUUCAACUCUAAAUACAACCCUGUGGGGGCCAGCGAGCUACGUGACCUGUAUUUAAAAACUGAAAACUACCUGGGAGGAGAGUACUUUGCUCGGAUGGUCAAGGAGGUGGCCAAGGAGCUGGAGGAGAGCAAGUACCAGUACUCAGAGCCUCGGCUCUCCAUCUAUGGCCGCAGUCCUGACGAGUGGCCCAACCUGGCCCGCUGGUUCAUCCAGCACAAGGUUUACUCACCGAACAUGCGCUGGAUCAUCCAGGUGCCCCGGAUCUAUGACAUAUUUAAGUCAAAGAAGCUGCUGCCAAACUUUGGGAAGAUGCUGGAGAACAUCUUCCUGCCCCUUUUUGAGGCCACAAUCAAUCCCCAAGAUCACCUCGAGCUUCACCUCUUCCUCAAAUAUGUGACAGGGUUCGACAGUGUGGAUGAUGAAUCCAAGCACAGCAGCCACAUGUUCUCGGAAAAGAGCCCCAGCCCAGACAUCUGGACCAGUGAGCAGAACCCACCCUACAGCUACUACCUAUACUACAUGUACGCCAACAUCAUGGUGCUCAACAACCUGCGCAGGGAACGAGGCCUGAGCACUUUCGUGUUCCGGCCGCACUGUGGGGAGGCUGGCUCCAUCACCCACCUGGUUUCUGCUUUCCUAACUGCUGACAACAUUUCCCACGGGCUGCUCCUUAAGAAGAGUCCAGUGUUGCAGUACCUCUACUAUCUUGCUCAGAUCCCCAUCGCCAUGUCUCCUCUCAGCAACAACAGUCUGUUUCUCGAAUAUUCUAAAAACCCUCUGAGGGAAUUCCUGCACAAGGGACUGCAUGUUUCUCUCUCCACUGAUGACCCCAUGCAAUUCCACUACACGAAGGAAGCGCUUAUGGAAGAAUAUGCAAUUGCAGCUCAAGUGUGGAAGCUGAGCACGUGUGAUCUGUGUGAAAUUGCCAGGAACAGUGUGCUGCAGAGUGGCCUCUCGCAUCAGGAAAAGCAAAAAUUUCUGGGACAAAAUUAUUAUAAAGAAGGACCUGAAGGAAAUGAUAUUCGAAAGACAAAUGUAGCUCAGAUCCGGAUGAUGUUCCGGUAUGAGACCUUAUGCAAUGAGCUGAGCUUCCUGUCUGAUGCCAUGAAAUCGGAGGAGAUCACAGCCCUGAUCAAAUAGGUCCAACCUUGGACAUGCAUUUUAACUUUCUAGUUUAAUUUCAAGUCUGCUGUGAUUAACAGUAGUCAAGAUAUCAAACUAGGACUUUCUUCCAUGGAGAGGAUAUCUCUAAUAACUUUCAAACUAGUGAUUUUGGUUGCACUGUUCACUUUAAGAUCUAACAUGUCCACUUCUGUUAAUAUUUCUGAAUAAAAGACAGUGAGUUGUCCUUGGGAUCUGGGAAAUGGACACUUGUCUAUACUCAUUCCUAAUUUUCCAAAUAUUUCUCUUGAAACUGCUAGUGCUUGCAUUGUUGGAUCUUGCAAGGUCCAAAGCCCACUGACAUGAGGUCUGCGUGGGUUUUCUGCCAUAGACUUAUAUUGGCCCUGCAGGCUAGUUGGUAGUUGUUUAUUUCAGCCUCUGGCUGGCUGGCUGCCUUAAACAAAUUCAAUUUCAAAGCUCCCUUUCAUAAAGGAGCUAUUUUGAGAGAAUUAAAAUAGAAGACUUCCCUUUGUGACAAGUUGCAUUUUUAAUGACUUUUUAAAACUGUUUUAUUUAGUCCUCCUCCUUCCUUUCUAUUUAGGAAGCCAGUUGUGCACACUGAAACAGUCACUUCUAUUCUGUGUCUUGGUUUCCUCAUCUGAAAAGUGAGGGUUUGGACUAGAUGAGUGGUUUUCAGUCUGUGUUCUAUGAAUCCCCCUCGCAGACCACUUCAGGGUUAGGGAGAGCAAUGGGGAGUGAGGAUCUGGGUGCUGCCUUUGCUUCUUCAAAGCAACUCUGCUUCAUCAGUUUUACACUGGGACUUCUAAAUAUUCUCAUUUGAACUAAAGACUUUGGAAAGCACAGGACUAGAUGAUCUCUGUACCUUUUGGCUCUAAUAUUCUAGAUUACAAGACUGUAGCCCAAUUAUCAUUUUACUUUUCAAGCGUUAGGCCAGAGAAGUGAAAUUUGCUUAAGAUCACACAGCUAAAAAGUAGUAAAUAGGACUAGAACUAGGUUUCCCUACUCUUGAUCUCAUCCUCUCCCUACUAGUCCAUUAGACCUCAUAAAUGUUAGAUUUUUAAAAAUCACUGUAACCUGGUACACUUAUUUUUUUAAGGUAAAAUUUCUCCCUUACCUAACACACAGACUUCAGAAGAUAUAAUUAGUCCCAAGGGCCAGGUAGACAGCAUUUUUUAAGACCAGGCUGAAUUUAAGCUUUACCAGUGUACUCUCCAUCUGUGUUACUAGUGCCUGGUACAUAGUAGGUGCUCAAUAAAUAUAUAUUGAAUAACUGAAUGAAUUUAUCUUCUGGCAACUUUUUAAGGAUAUAUGCUCCUAGUACUCAACAAGCUACUCUAUGUGGGCAAAUGCAGACUACAGAAGUCCUUUUGAAUCUAAAUCACAGAGUUAAGAGAACUCAGUUUUUGCCUGUGAAAAUGCUUAUUUGACUUUAGAUAGUCUUGUCCUAUGACUUUACAAUGCUUGUUCCUCCACUGGUUACCUUAGCAUAUGGGACAAUAAAUGUAAUCUUUUUACUAGUAGGCAAAGAUAUAUGCUAUCUUACAGCUAAUCAUGAAAAGGAAUGAUAACCCAGCAUUUACCUUAGGCAUUCAUUCUCUUUGAAAAGCCCCCAUUUGUAUAUAUUUGCCCUAACAAGGCCAAGUAUUGUACAGUUUUUCAUUGUCAUUUUAUCUCUAUCACAUAUUUGUUUUUAAUUAUUAAAUAAAGUCUCUUUGGACUGUG